AUGGGUGGUCAGAAAUUUAUGUCCGGGAGUAUCGUUGUACGGAGGUUUAUUUUGGGCGUUCUAUUGAUUUUUAAGACUUCGGUGACUGGUUGUUAUAGAGACAUCUUGUUGUGUGAGCAAUCGUUGUGCAUAGGCUUUACUGUAUUCGAACUAAUUCCAAGCAAAAUGUUAAUUUUUCUAUAUUACAGUAAGACCUCUGUACAAAAAAACUUGCAUACAAAAAAACCUGUCUAUGACAAACAGUUUUAGAUAUCCCACAACUCAGUUCUUGGCCAAAAUGAAUCUUCUUACAACGAAGUCUUCCUAUAACGAAACCAAUUUUUCGUCCCUUUCAAGUUCACAAGUUUAGCUGCGCUUAUCUUGAGCUAAAAUUUUCGCUUUAUAACAACACAUCCCCCAAAAGCUUGUCUAACCCAUUAACCCCGCUAAUCCAAUUUUUGCAGCGUGGAGCCGACGACGUCAGCAACUUCGACGCCGAAUUCACGCACGAAGCCCCGAAACUAACACCCGUGGAUCGACUGUUCCUGAUGAACCUCGACCAAAGCGAGUUCGAGGGCUUCACCUACGUCAACCCCGACUACGUUCCGCCGGUUUCACUGACUUAUAAUUCAAAUGGCAUUUAA